AGGCGCGCAGACUGCGGACGGAACAAUAAGGGGUGGGACAAAAAAAACCCUCUAUGCCUACAACUAUUUAAAAAUCUCUAAUCUCGAGUUUUAAUCGGGAACAGCAGCUGAAGGGUUCGUACUUAAAGGGAACCGAGUCUGAUCUGCCAGUGUGAAGCCAGUCAGAGCGGAAGGAGUCUGGCCCCAAACCCCGCGACCAUGUUCCUUUUUUAUCAGCGCAGAUUUGGACCCAGAUGAGAUAGACAACCAGCUCCGUGGCUCAUUUCUUUCUCUUUCCUAAUCGUUUUUUCUUUUUUUUUCUUUUUUACCACUAAUUUUUUUUUUUUUUCCUUCCUAAUCGGGCUUUAGUUAGAAGCGCUGAGGGGAAACUUUUCUUUUUCUUAGAAACUGCGGCUGGUUCGUCAUCGAGAGCGCAGAUAGGAUGUGAGAUGAAACAUCUGCAGCUGGGCCCUCCAACUCCUUCAUGAGGCCACAUUCACCUCCUGUGCUGCUUUAAAAUGUCUUAUUCCAGAUUCCUGUGAUAUGGGCGACGUGUGGCGUUUAUAUCUGUCCAUUUAAAGAGGAGCAGAAAACAGUGAUGGGAGGGUCUGCUCUGCUCACGCUUCUGUUAACAGGAGUUUUUCUCUCGACUUCCAACAUUCAGGCAGAAACCCAUGAUGGCGGUGAAGAAGAGAUGCUGCUGUGUACCUGUGAGAACUCCAAAGGCACAUGCAACAAUGGGACAUGCAUAGGAGACUACUGUUUCUACACGUUGACAAAGGACAUAGAGGAAAGAGGAUGUUUCUCCAAAAAGCACUUUAGAGAGCAGUGCUCAGGCGCCUUCCCUGGCUUUUUUGUCCACUGCUGCCAAAAGGAAAAGUGCAAUGCCUUCAUCACACCACCUCCAAAUAUUAAUGGGGAGCCGACGCCACCCCCAGAGCUGCCCCGAACUGAGGUGUGGAUCGCUGUGUCUCUGCUGCUUCUUCUCACGUCUAUAAGCGUGUGUGGCGUUCUGCUAUUUCUGCGAUUCCGACGGGCGCCCUGCAAGCUGAAGGACCCCGAAGACCACGGUCUCAUGGUCAAAGUCCCCGCUGGAAACGACCCCACAUACGGUGAAAUUUUUGAUGAGUUUUGCACGUCAGGAAGUGGAACAGGCCUUCCAUAUCUGGUCCAAAGGACGAUGGCGAGACAAAUCUCGUUGGCUGAGUGUGUUGGUAAAGGCAGAUAUGGCGAGGUGUGGAGGGGGACGUGGAUGGGUGAAAGCGUGGCUGUCAAGAUUUUCUCCUCCAGGGACGAGCAGUCCUGGUUCAGAGAGACAGAGAUCUACAAUACAGUGCAACUGCGUCACGACAACAUCCUGGGCUUCAUAGCCUCCGACAUGACAUCCAAAAACUCCAGCACCCAGCUGUGGCUCGUCACUCACUUCCAUGAGCUGGGUUCACUCUACGAUUUCCUGCAGUACAGCAGCCUUGAGCCAGAGGGCUGUUUGAAGAUGUGCCUCUCAGUAGCCUGUGGUCUGGUCCACCUCCACACCGAGAUCGUCAGCUCCCAGGAGAAACCAGCAAUUGCCCACAGAGACCUCAAGAGCAGAAACAUCCUGGUGAAAAGGAACGGACAGUGCUGCAUCGCUGAUCUAGGUCUUGCUGUAAUGCACUCUCAGUCUCAUGACUACCUGGAUGUGGGCAACAAUCCUCGUGUAGGGACAAAGCGCUACAUGGCCCCUGAAGUGCUGGAUGAGACGAUUCGAGUCGAUGUCUUUGAGUCUUACAAGCAAACAGACAUCUGGGCCCUUGGUCUUGUCUUCUGGGAAAUAACCCGCAGAACUAUUGUCAAUGGGAUUGUUGAAGAGUACCGACCCCCCUUCUUUGACUUGGUGCCCUCAGAUCCAAGCUUUGAGGAGAUGAAGAAGGUGGUGUGUGUGGACCAGCAGAGGCCCAGCCUGCACAACAGACUCCACUCCCACCCAAUUCUGUCAACCAUUGUGAAGAUCAUGAAGGAGUGCUGGUUCCAAAAGCCAACGGCCCGCCUCACAGCCUUGAGGGUUAAGAAGACUCUUUCCAAGUUGGAUGUCGAAAGCGACUUCAGCAUAGAGAAACUCAAGCGUGACAUCUAAAUGAGAACACCC